GCUGCGACGUAAUUAGCCAAUUGUCCUUGUUAUUGGCAUUGGCCAUAUCUUCGGGUUUUGUAUGGUCGUUGUGUAGAACAGACCACUUACCACUGGUUAAUCAUUUAUUAACCUUCAUAUUCCACUUAGAUCUCUCGGUAUCUUGUUUGUUUUCGCCUCCUAUAUUUCAGCCAAUGCGUUCGCAAAACGUCGGCUCUUAUUAGUCGCGGAUCCCCUGUCCGCAUCCUGCUUUCUCCUCGACCUCGAUUGUUUACCGUUCACCGCUUGACCAGUAGCCAGGGUAAACAAGACAGCUAGAAGAGGAUUGGCUCGAGGAGGAAGCGGCCACUCAAUCAGAGUCGAGACCGCGCAUGCUUUGACAACUGGUCGCAUUCUCAGGCAGCAAAAUGGGAGUGAGUGUAGACACCAGCAGUAUUCCCCCGUUACCUGCCCCGACCGAGACCGAAUCCCUUACCACACCUACCGAACUUGCACCAUCCGAUGUUUCCAAACCUGCCGACGACGACAAGUCGCACUAUUCACUCCCCGACGACGGAACACCAGUAACUAUCAAGACCCGUGGCCAUAAGCCAAAUCGCUCUCAAACCUCGCUGCUCAUUGAGUAUUUCGAAGGCGGUAAAACUAGUAGUACCGUCGGCUCUACUCUUUCCGAUCGCAGGCCGAGCGUCCGUGUCCGUUUAACUCCCUCCAAGACUCGAGGAAGGAACGACCAUAUUCAGAUCACUGAGACUAUGAGUACGAGAAAGAGGUCGGUGUCGAGAAAACCAACCACAAGCUCGAAUAUUACUCGGAGCGAGCUAGACAUAAUGACGGACCCUGAAGAAGUAAGGAGCAUGCACUCUUACGCAUCAGCAACUGAAGAGUCUAAUGUCUCUCGGAACCCGAUUGAGGUUGAGAUAGAACCGAGAAGCACUCAUCAUCGGCGACGAAAGGUAUCGAGCCCGCUCAUUCCUGCUGCUGAUAGCAAGGUCUCGUAUCCUCCACCGAACAUGUCCGAUAUCUCAGUCAUUCCCUCCGAUAGUUUUCUAGACGGUAAUUCGGGCGGUAACUCGGGUGGUAAUUCGCUUACGCUCAAUGACAAGCGUGCAAAGAGUCCGCUUAGGAGUGAACCUGCCCCUAGCGAAAAGUCCCAUCGUAAGGUUAGGAGCGCUAGUCAUGAUAGGAGUGUCAUGCAAAAAGCAGUUGAGAAAGCAAGCAAGCCUGAGCGAAGACACAAGUCGAAGAGCAGAACAGGCAGCUCCGGCGACAAAGAAAACGAGAGACGGAGGUCAAAGGGGAGUAAUAAGGAAUCCGUGGUCUCAGUUGCUGACUCGAGCAUCCUCUCAUCGCAAAUGGCCCCAAGCCACCGUUCUUACAAUACACAUUCCUCUUCAAAGGUAUCAAUUAAUAAUCCGAAACUUCUUGAGACAGUCGAGGAUGCCAUCCGACGUCUCAUUCUCCCCGAGUUAGAUGCCAUUAAGAGAGAACGAAGCCAACGAGACUCUCGAAGACCAAAAGACCGGGAAUCGCUCUCGAGUCUGACAUCGGUAUCUCGUGAGGAGAUCUCUGUUCCCAACAAGAGAAGGUCUGCGGAUACAUCCCAAUCGGCAAAGGCGAAGGAAAAGCGCGACAGAGAAGCGAGAAACGAUUUAUCACCUCAAAGCAGCGUUGAGGAAUCGAUUCUAGAUGAUAUCCCAGAUGAAGAACUUACACCGCGUCGCGACCAUGAUAAGCUUACGGAUGCGGCCUUGGACGCCGCAGUUACUGGUGCCGCACUACGGUCCAGAGGUGACGAAAAGAGACAACGGAGGAGGAGACGAGCAGAAACGCCAAAGCACGACGUUGACGAGAGAUAUGUGGAAGGGUAUGAAGAAGCAGAUCACAAGGUAGUACCACCCAUGCCUCUUCAGAGCGAAAUAAAUCCAUCCGACAUGACGCGAACUUCAAUCCUAUCCGCGGAGUCAGACAGGCCUCACUCCGCCAGUGAGGAGAUGACCCCAGUAAGAGAGGCCACAAGAGGUAUUGCUUCAAUCGAUCCUGCCCAAGAAACUCCGUCGCCGUCAAGAUCUCCUCUUCAUACCAUUCAAGGUCUGGGUACACAACACUCCAAUGUUUCUCAUGGCGAUCUCAAAGCUCUUCCUCGUAAAGGCAAUAACGAGUACCAGGAGGAGUAUAAGCAUGACGAAUAUGAUGGCCAAUAUGAUGAUGAAUAUGAUGAACCGAGCCAACUUUCUGAGCCUGGGUUGUAUGAGGACGACCCUUCUAUGCACUCCUUCUAUGGGUCACAGGAUGUUCCGGCCCCUCUACGUUAUGUUCCAUACCAGCAAGAACGACGUGGAUUAAGCCCUAUUCAGAGCGUAUCGGGGUUCACAGAAGGUGAAAGCGAUGUACAUGGACCCCGCGAUGCAAGGACCAUAAAUACUACGAGCGAGCUCUCGUCUCCUGAGAAGUCACCCUACGACCGUGAUCUUCAUUCGCCCAGUUCGGUCCCUAGCAAUUUACGAGGCCGCGAAUUCGUCGAUGAAGCCAGUAGUUUGAUGAGUUCCGGUUUGGGCUAUAAUAAUCCCACAUACACCGAGGAUAGUGAACUGGACCGAGUGACUUCGGGACAGGCGGUUCAUGCUGUCGGAGGAAACGUGGAGAUGGUACACCAGAACUUCCCCCCUGAGUCUGCCGUAGCGUCACUAGUCGAGGGUUCGCAACUAGAUCCUUCCCUCCUAAGCGGAUCUACGGGGUUUAGACAAGAUUAUCGCGACUCCCAGCUUUCUUAUAAUGAAGUCACGAGGGCAAGAGGAAUAAGCCCUACGAAACGUGCGACGGAAAGCCGCCGCGAAGCAGUUGAGCAACAACAUGACCAAUCACCGAGUGCGUCCCAAGGGCAUGACCCUUCGAGUGGUUCUAGGGAAUUUGUAGAAUAUGACCUCAACGAAUACGGUCAAAAGGUUCCUCGAUCUACCUACCGCAAUUCUCCUACCGCUUCCGAAAGUGCCAUUACGAGCGGUGCACUUCAGCGAGCUCUAGCACUUAAGCAACAGAACGAAAGCCAACAAACCCCGGCCCAAAACAAGGAGCCUACCAGCAAGGUUAAUGCGCAAAACCAAUCCUUCAAGGAACGUGCCAAAGAUGGUUAUCGUCCUGAUGCUACCCCUCGUCACAGCAUCGAUCGUCUUUCGGAUUAUAAUCAGCCAGAGAUGGGAGCUAGUGGCAUUCCAGACUCUGACAAUCCCAUGCCGGAGAUUGGAUAUGGUGGCGACGAGGUUUCUAUCAUAGAUGGGCCACUUGGUGGAUCCCAGGAUGGAACUAGAGAGAAUUGGCCUGAACAAUCAACGCCGGCACACGAGAGAUCAUACGCCUACGAUCGUGCUGUGACGCCGAAGGCACCAGCUACAUUGCAUAGCCGGCAACCUAGCCAGGACCAGGACGACGAGUGGCAGAGGACGUCUUGUGAACGUAAACGAGACACUUUAGUCACAAAUCCUUAUGAGGGAGCUAGUCCGAUUGCCAAUCUCCCUGGCCUGGAUGGCAACCUGCUUAGCGCAUCUGGCUUUGGAGCAGAUGCUUACCGAAGUGGUUUUCACACGGGCAGUCCCGGAAUCCCUGGCGGUGAUGAGGGCUACAUUUCUGCCGCGCCGAACGAUGUUCGUGACGUACCGAACAUGCAGGGUAAGGAUAUGGGAUUAUUGAAUGGAGAAUCUGAUGACCCAUUUUACGCGCCAAAAGACACAAGGCAGCUCGCCGGCCUAUCCCAAGCAAUGAGCACACCACUCUACGAUCCUUCUACCGGAACUGGAAUUGACAGGAUCCAAUCUAAGGAUAUUAUUGCUUUGAUGGAACACCUUAUGGUUCGCGAUGCGCAACGAAGUGCGCGGGAUACUGAGAUACUUGUAACCCUCGUUCGGUCAGCGGCCGAAAUGAGAAACUCUUUCGAAGACCUCAAGAGGAUGCUGGUAGAUAACGCGGAUAGAGUCGUUGAUGAGGUAAAGGAAGACACCGAAAAGACAGUCAAACGCCACAUAGGCGGACCCCGACCUUUCCCAGGCAGCAGUGCACGAUCAAUCCAAGGAGGUUCUCAAGCUGGCACAGAGGACGUGGCCGCUAAGAAGCGCAAUAUUCUUCGACGCGCACUUCAAGGCCUCAGUUCAAAGGGUGCCAAUGAUUUGACUAGGAUUGAGGAUUUACUCAACCAGCUACUUGACGACGUAAACGUCCUUAAGCACCAAACUGCCGGACCCGUAGGCACAAGCACGCGAGCUCAGUCAAUUGAUGGCAUUCAACCAGAUGUCCAAUAUGAGCAAGAUCGAGGUUACGAGCCUGAAGGCCAUGCUGGAACCUCAACAGCCAGUCACGCAAGCCAGUCAGGACACCUUUCGAUACCCCAGUCUCGCGGAAAUAGCAACAAAUUAGCUGGCGAGCGAAAAUUCUCCGACCACCGUAUCAGUACGGUACCGGAAGAUGAGGGUGAAUAUAAUGACCAUUCUAUGCCGCCGCCCAGCCAAUACGAGAUGCACGGUGGAAUACUCUCGCCUAGCUCCGAAAGGUCCAGAGGUGGUUCAGUACCUCUUGGAACACCACCUCAAACCACAUCUCAGGCGCAGAAUUAUUCGAUGAGCAAUGAGAACACACCUCGGACGGAAGAAAGUAAGAAGCAUAAAUCCCGGGGCUCGUCCAGUCUCUUUCCCAAAAUCUCAAGAUGGUCUGAAACGACGACAUCAAGCAUUGGAAGAGUAUUCCGAGGUAGUGGCGCUUCCAAGAAGCACGACCCCCCGGAGGACUUCCUCCGACACCCACCAUCUCGAUCCGGCUCAGAUUUGGUUAAUUAUGACCAAUUCCAAAGUCAGCCCGCAUAUGAAGGGGACAAGUUACACUCGGGCUUUUCGGAACAAGAUAUUCGUUCACCACUUGUAGGUGAUAAUCUGCCUACCACGACCGAUAUGCAGCAACCUCGACUGGCUGUUUAUGCUCAAGCCGAGCCUGUUUCCUACUCUAGUCCAGAGGACCCUAAAUAUAAGGUGCACCGCAACUCCCUGAACUUACAACACCCGCAGCCGCGGCAAGGACAGACCGAGCGGUUUAGAACAGCGUUGGAGACCUCGGCACAAGAUUAUGAUAACGCGAUGUCUCCGGGGUCGGGUGACUGGGCUGGCUCAGCUCCGUCCCUACAUAGGUUUCCUAUCCAUAACACCAAUCGGUAUAGCGACAACAGCGCAAUGAAUUCCGGUCACGGAGAUGACUAUAAUUGGCAGCAAGAGAUGCCAUCGCCUAGUCCUCUAGGGCCACCGCGACCUCCCAAGGAGCCAUUGGAUAACUCAUCACCAGUCCAACAUGAAAGGGUGAACAAACUACAGAAGCAGGGCAGCCCUCUGCCGUUCCACAGCGUUGAAAGUGGCUAUGGCACAGCUACAGCGACGCACGCUGGAAGUUAUCACUCUAGCAGCCCAAAGCCAGAGAAUAAGAACCUAAGCGGAGCUCUAGGGGUUCCUUCUCGAAGACCCAGCGGACCCAGGGCUAUGACCCCUAGUCGAGGUAGCGAAGAGGCAGAGGAAAGGAGACGCAAGCGAGAUACAUUCGGCACGAUUGCCAGCCCCUCGAGCGUUGUCAGUCAAGAGUCUGAAACGUUUUAACGAGAAAGUAUCAUAAUAUUUUUGAUAUGGCAAUA